UCCGCCCCUCCAUCGGCCCACCUUGCCCAGCACAGGGUUGGUUCUGAAGCCUCCAGCCACUUGCCCACCUGCCAGGGACUCUCUGAGGGCAGCCAUGAAGUCCCUCGUUCUACUCCUUUCCCUCGCUCAGCUCUGGAGCUGCCACUUGGUCGCAGGUGUCCCACUGCUGGGUUACAGGGAACCAAACUGCGAUGACCCAGAAGCAGAGCAGGUGGCCCUGCUGGCUGUGGACCACAUCAACAAUCACCUUCAGCAGGGGUACAAGCACAUCCUGAACCGGAUCGACAAGGUGAAGGUGUGGCCCCGGCGACCCACCGGAGAGGUGUAUGAGUUUGAAAUAGACACGCUGGAGACCACCUGCCACGCACUGGACCCCACCCCCUUGGCAAACUGCAGCGUGAGGCAGGUGACACAGCAUGCUGUGGAAGGAGACUGUGACUUCCACGUGCUGAAGCAGGACGGCCAGUUCACCGUGUUGUCUGCGAAGUGUGACUCCACUCCAGACUCGGCAGAGGACGUGCUCAGGCUGUGCCCAGACUGCCCCCUGCUGGCCCCGCUGAACGACACCAGAGUGGCUCACGCCGCCGAAGCCGCCCUGACCGCCUUCAACGCGCAGAACAACGGCGCCUAUCUGCAGCUGGUGGAGAUCGCCCGGGCUCAGCUUGUGCCUCUCCCAGUUUCCACCUAUGUGGAGUUCGCCGUGGCCGCCACUGACUGUGUUGCUAAAGAGGUCACUGAUCCGGCCAAAUGCAACCUGCUGGCGGACAAGCAAUAUGGCUUCUGUAAGGCAACGGUCGCUGAGAAGGUUGCUGGGGAAGAGGUGGAGGUGACCUGCACCGUAUUCCCAGCCCAGCUUGCGGUCCCACAGCCCCAACCAGACGUCGCUGGCGCAGCAGCAGUGGACCCAGCCCCGGCAGUGGACCAAGCCCCGGCAGUAGACCCAGCCCUGGCAGUGGAUCCAGCCCCGGCAGUGGAUCCAGCUUCACCUGUGUCCCCUCCAGAUGGCCCACCUGCAUCUUCCCUGGUGGUGGGGCCCGUGUUGGUGGUACAACCCCCGGUCCCGCCCCGGGCGCACUACGACCUGCGCCAAACCUUUGCAGGGGUGCCCUCGAUGGAGUCAGGCUCGGGAGAAGCCUUCCACCCUGGGAAAGCGCCCGUGGUGGUGCAGCCUAGCAUUGCCGCUGCCCCUGGCCCUGUGAUCACCCCGUGCCCAGGGAAGGUCAGAUACUUCAAGAUCUAAGCUAGACACAGCAGAGAUGAGAAAAUUUGGCACAAAGAACGCGUGCACUGUUGUGUCCAAGCCUGCACGUGGGUGGCCGCUUUGUCUGCUGUCAAAAUCGGUGCUGCAUGAGGUCUACAUUAGUGUCACGUCUCCAAUCCCUCCUUCAAAGGGGGAAGUAGAGGAGGCGGGGCGAGGUCCAGCAGCAAGGAUAAGGCCGACAAGUUGAUUGCCAUCUCUGUCUUCCAAUCGACCUCACAUAAGCAACUGAGCUGUGACUUUGAAAGGUGCUCUUGCCAAUCUUGUAUCUGCCUGUUAACAAAAGUGCCUGUUGGACUUUCCUUAAUAAAGAAGAUUCUAAGCUGAAA